AUGACUCUGCUGGCUGGAGAGGGCUCUGAGUAUGACUACAGUGCUGUGAGCUGUGCGUCAGACCCUCCCCCUCUCCACGAGCUCGAGCCUCAGAAGGGCGUGUACUACAGGAGGGCCAGACGGGCUCCUCAGCUCUGCACAGGUACAGCUUAUGCAGUCUCCUUUUGCUCUCUGCCUUCAUGCGCUCGCCGGCUCUACGCCAUCAUAAACGUGGGUGGGCUGAGGUACCAGCUCCCUUGGACCACCCUGGAGGACUUCCCUCUGUCUCGCCUGGGCCAGCUUCGCCUCUGCAGCAGCUUCGAUGACAUCAUGCAAAUCUGCGACGACUAUGAUGUCGCCCACAAUGAGUUCUUCUUCGACCGCAGUCCGUGUGCCUUCAGAACCAUCCUGGCAUUCCUACGGGCGGGGAAAUUACGUGCAGUUCGAGACAUGUGUGCGCUUUCAUUCAGAGAGGAGCUGCUGUACUGGGGUGUUCCUGAAGAUAACUUAGAAUGGUGUUGUAGGCGGAGAUUGGUGCAGCGAGUGGAGGAAUUUGAGGCAUUGGAGAGGGCAGAGGAGGAGGAGACGUUGGAGGAGAUGCUGGAUACAGACAGCAGAGAUGGUCCCAAGGAGACGAGGGUGAACAGGUGCAUGGGUCAGCUGAGGGACAUGGUGGAGCGACCACAUUCGGGACUGCCUGGGAAGAUCUUCGCCUGUUUGUCUGUGCUGUGUGUGACGAUCACCGCGGUAACGCUGUCCAUCAGCACCAUGCCAGCUCUGAGGGAGGAAGAGGAGGAGGGCACAUGCUCACGGCGCUGUUAUAACAUCUUCAUCGUGGAGACCGUGUGCGUGGCCUGGUUUUCCCUGGAGUUCUCUCUGCGCUUCAUUCAGGACCGGAGCAAACUGUCUUUCCUCCGACAGCCCCUGAACCUCAUCGACCUCGUGGCCAUCCUGCCGUACUACAUCUCCCUCCUGGUAGACAGCUCAAAGGGCUCGGGUGGACCUGGGGGCUCAUAUCUGGACAAAGUUGGUUUAGUCCUUCGUGUUUUGCGAGCUCUCCGGAUCCUCUACGUGAUGCGAUUGGCGCGUCACUCUCUGGGACUGCAAACUUUAGGACUUACCGCACGACGUUGUACCAGAGAAUUUGGUUUACUUCUUUUAUUCCUGUGUGUGGCCAUCGCUCUGUACUCUCCUCUCCUCUUUCUUAUUGAAAACGAAAUGACAUCCACGCAGGAAUUCAGCAGCAUCCCGGCUACGUACUGGUGGGCUGUGAUCACCAUGACGACAGUGGGAUACGGAGACAUGGUUCCGCGCAGUAUUCCGGGGCAGGUGGUCGCUCUGAGCAGCAUUCUAAGCGGGAUUCUCCUCAUGGCAUUCCCGGUCACCUCCAUAUUCCACACGUUUUCGCGCUCGUACUUGGAGCUGAAGCAGGAACAGCAGAGGGCACUGCAGAGGCGGACGCGCUUCCUGUUGCGUGGGCGUAUGACCGGACUCGGGAGUGACCUGUCUCUGGAGAGCAAUGUGCUGUUUCCUCUGAGACCUGCGGACAGCAGAGACAUGUGACUAAAACAAGGAAAAAAGACUGAGUAUAUUUGAAAAGACUGAAGCACACAGAAAGAAGCCCGGGAUAAAGCCAUGAUGUGUAGCAUUUUAAAGAUGUUGCUAUUAAAUCUGAAGCAGCCGAUGUUGAAGUGGAAAAUGAAGUGAAUUAAAAUGGAACUAAACACUAAAUCAACUUUUUUUUACUGCUACACUUGGAUAUAGGGUUUUAAUAGCAGCUGUCCCUAGUCUUUUUUUUUUUAAACUAUUGUAGUGCAAACUAUGCACAUUUGCAGCUUUCUGGAAACUCCUUCAAAUGGCUGCAAUUUCAAGUACUAUGUGACAUCACACAGGACUGCCCUGAGAAAAACACCUGACUGCAGGGGUGGAGUUUGAAAUGUGGAGUUAUUAAUGCUACCUUUACACAUGGUUGGGUAUGUUGAGAAACUAGUAUUUCCCUCCCUCUGUUUUCCAAAAUAACAUUGUACACAUAGCGUUGAUUUAAAAAAAGUUUUCGUUGACAUCAAUCCUCAUAAAUCUGCCAUCGAGUGCCGUCAUAACUACGCCAAGCCUCUGGGCGACACCUGGAUUAGAUUCAAACCUGUAGCAUUUAUUUCAUUACAGUUGUAAGCAUUACUCAAAAAUACUUUGAAAAAUGUGCAUUAGUGAGCGGGCUCGCCUCUCCACAGAUCUGUUAAAGAAGUGGCAAAAUGUUUGACCUCCGAGUCUCAUUCGUCUCUGGUCAUGGAUAUGAUACAUCAGCUGUGUGUGCAAAUGCAAACACGUGAAAAGUGUUUGCACCAGAAGAAAUGCGACUGCUGUUCUGAUGCUCCAUCAUCAUCAUCAGAGCAAAAGGGAAACACUGGUCGCACUUUUGGCGCAUCAGCUCCUAAAACUCUAUUUAUCUCACACGAAGCCAUAAUUUUCCAGAAUCUCCACUCUAGCCGGAAUUUUUUAGAAAGAUUUGUUUUCAAAGACGAAUUCACUGUUUGCGUGUAAAAGAUGGGUACAGAUGAAGGGAAAUGUCUCCGUUUUUAAAAAUGCAUGUGUACAUGUAAACGGGGCCUAAGGAAGUUUGAAGUUUGGAGGUAUUAAGGAACAUCAAUCACACUGUUCCUUAAUACCUCCAGAUAAUGCCCCCAUUCUCCCCUUUAAACAGUACUGUGGGAAGUCACAUAGCACUUGACAGUUGGAGGCAGCUUUGGCAGGUUUUUACCUCAAAGCUGCAGUUACUACUAAAAUUGCAAAAAAAAUUAAAAAUAAUAAUAAUAACUAGGAACUGUAGGCAUUGUUAUUCAAAAAAAAAAAAAAAAAGAAGCUUAGUAGUGCAAAAAGUUGAUUGUGUUUAGUUUCACUUUAAAGACAAGCUCAAAAUCACUUGUCGAAUCUCAGUGGACUGAACUCUGCACUGAAACAUCCCACAUUACAUAAUCAUUACACACAACAUAAACAAAUGUUGAUUUACCUUUUGUGCUACAAAUGAGACAACAGAUUAAAUUAUUAAAUUCAAAUCACAAAGUCAGCAUGUAUCUUGUAUCUCAGACACAUUUGUGGAGUUUGGAGUUUGUGGCAGAGACCAGACUUUAAUGGAAGCUGCUUGUUUGUCCUCUGGGUUUAUUUGAACUUAACUGAAUCUUUUUGCUCACUCAGGCAUCACAGACCUGCACUCUGGAUCUACAAGCCUCAAACGUUCAGACGAAAUGUUUCUCUUUUUGAAAACUGCUGAAUUUUGUGUAACUGUCCAAACUUGUUUUGUUUAUAAUGUUGUAUUAAUUGUGUUUUGAUUUCGUUUUGAUGAUUUAUUUAAAGUGGAUUAAGCUGAAAAUAUUGGUCUGGUAAUUUCUUCUGUGGUCAUCUCUUACAUGAACACCAGGGGGCAGCAUCGUGUCACGUAAAUCAGGAUGAGUUUCGGUACCUCCUUUUUCUAUGCCCAAUUGCAUUUAGCAGUGGAGCGUCCAAUUUAUGUAUUUACUGUUAAGGAAAGGACUAAAAGAGGAUUAAAUCUGGGUUUAAUCAAAAAUAAACAACAAAUUGGAGGGA